AUGGAAAGGCUACAGCUUGCCCUGCAUGCUCUUGUGUCACUGAUUUUGUGUAACGGUGGAAACGAGGCGUUGCAAGCCCUUUGUUCUAUAUCCUUUGUGGAAAGUAACGAUUAUUCGAUUGACACCCUUCUUCACGUCGCCAAGUUUCUUUCUAUGAAACCAGUUGACUACGAAACCUCUUCUUUUUUCUCAGAUGGCGUGCCCUUUAUGAUUACCCGUGUCCCUUCACUGCCUUUGGUGUGUGCCCCCAAAGAGUCCGCCCCGUUGCUGUGGGGGCUAGAGGUGUACAGAAGUUUCUUUAUUGACAUUGAUACGCCUCGAUCAUCAGAGGGCGAAAAUGUAUCUUUUUCUCUUAAUAACACCACGGCUAUUGCUGCCACGAAUACUGCUGUACACACAACAGUAGGAGAUGUGCUGUUAUGA